GCAAUUGGAUCAGUAAACAGGAAGCUCAUGCUUUACCGGGACAACCCUGUAUAACAGUCUGUAUGAAAACUCUUCAGGUUUUGGAAACACUGUUUCGUACUCAUCAUUAUUUAUGUAUCUAUAUUGCUAACCAUUAGGUUUGUGCUUUAUUAGCUAAAGUAUGUAUUCCUGACGGUGGGAUAUAUUACCGUGAGGUUGGCUCAUUUAAGAACUUGGUAAAUAAAUGCUAAAGACAGUCUUUUGGAUAAAAAGCGUGUGUUUUUCUAUCUAUUACAAUGGAACCCGCUGUUUAUAGUUCAUUCUGUCGCUAAUAUAAAAGAAGACGCAGGGUAGAGCAACGGAGUGGUUACCAAUGGAGACAGGAGACGCCUAAAGAGAUUUAGCUAGCUUUAGCUCGUUAGCUUCCUUCAAAUCUUUCCGCUUCCAGCCAAGAUUCAUCAUGCCUUCAAAGCCGACGAGUAAAGCCUCCCAAAACCUUUUUGAAGAUGAUGACAUACUUAACAGCUUAUUCAAUGACGAUUCAAAGCAACCAACGCGAUCAAAGGGGGCUCGUGGUGGACGGCCAAACGUCUCAUCUCCCACUAAUAACAUGUUCAGCAGAAUGGCGGAGGAAGUCAGAAGGGACGACUUGGAGGCCUCAGAUGUCUCUGAGGCUGAUCCCAGCGACGUGCUGAAGAACCUGAAGGGCAUGGAUGAUUUAGAGGCCGACUUGUUUCCGUCAAAGAAAAAGCUUCCCCUACAAACAAAGUCAGUCGGUAAUGAAGACCCUGUGAAAGACUCCUCUGUGUUAGAAAGUAAUGCAAAUCUUGAGGGAGCAGAUGAGGCCACAGGAGGAGGGAAGAAGCCAAACGCUGCCCCUUCAUCCUCAUCACAUAAGUACAAUGACUUCUUUGAUGUAGACGACCCCCUGGUUGAUUCGCUUGAUGACCUGCUUCCGGAUGAAACCAGGCCUGAACCUAAACCCCGGCAGAGCAAGCCUGACAAAUCUGUGCCGCCUGCAUCAGCAUCUCCCAUCCUGAGGAGCCAAAUGACAAAGACGUCGAAAAAAGAAGAUAAGGAUGAUCUCCUUGACGCCCUCGGGUUUGAGAGCCACAAAGACGAUCCCAGGAAGAAAGAGUCUCCACUUUGGUCUUCCAUAGAGAAGAGAGAAGCCCCUCAGAGACCUCGUACCAGAAUUCAAGAUAUUCUGGACGCCUCCACCUCAGCCCGACCGCCCACAGGCGAGAGGAAAGACGAGAAGCUGCAACAGGAGAAGAACCUCGGUCUGAAAGAUCCAUUUGUGGAAGAUGACCUCACGUUUGGGUCCUAUCAGCCGACUAUAGCGACCACACCCGAGGGCCGCCAGUCCCGCAGACAGUCUGUCAGAUUUUCUACCGAAGACGUCAGAUUCUCUUCCCCAGAGAGGAAACGCCAACCUAGCACCCCGCCAACCAGCCGACACAGAAAUUCAGCGGAGUGGCUUGGCCUCACAGCAAACGACGAGCUUGACGAUUUAGAAGAAGGUUCCAAAACAGUGAAAAGUUCAGCUGCGUCUCCAAAAGUUCCCUCCUCUCCUGUACUGGAGAGAAAGUCUUCGUUGACUGGAAAUCAAGCCCCAUCUGUCGCAAGAAUGACAGAAGAUGCUCCAAACUCCAAACAGAGCAAAUCUGAUGUUUCUAAAGGCAACAAGAAGGAUGAAGAGGAAGACUAUGACUGGUUGGACGAGGCACUGAGCAGGAAGAAGGCUCUAUCUGAGGCAAAAGCUCCUAAUCUGGGAGACUCUCUGAAAAUUGAGUCAGUUGUCAGUAACCAAGAUAAGGCUGCACUUCCCAGAGACAGAGAGGAAACGUUCCCAUCCAUCAGAGACAUCAGUCCUGCUGCUCAUUCCACUCCAAUCAGAGAGGAGAAGCCAAGUCAAGCGAGUCCUCAGCAAAACCCAACGAAGGGAACAUCAUCUACUGUUCAACAACAGGUGUCAUAUGCAGCAGACAAUCUCCAGCAGUUGCUACUACAGCAGCAGAUGAUGCAGGCUCAGUUGCUGGGUCUGGGUAGUGCUGCUGACGCAGGAGCUCUGCAGAGACUUAAAGAGAAGGAGCAACAGCAUGGGGAAUGUCAGGCUUUACAAGCUCGCAUCAUCCAGUUGGAGGGAGAGGUGAAGAUGUUGCAGCUGGAGCGGGACCAAAGCCAGAUGAUUUUAGAGAACAUCCAACACAGGCAUAAGCAGAAUGUGCAGCUCCUGGAGAACACACACAAAACUCGUGUGAAGCUGAUGGAGGAGUCAGCAGCCCAAAGAGAGACCCGAGCUCGGCUGGAGUGCGAAGAGCUAAUGGAGCGCCUGGCUACGUUAACAAGGUCAGCCGAGCAGGAGCGCUCAGAGCUGCAGGCGCAGUACCACCGGAAGCUGGCGCAAGCCCAACAGGACAGAGACCGAGAGGUGGAGAGGCUCCGAGAUCUUCAAAGAAAAUCUAUCUUAGAGAUGAAAAAAGACCACGAGGAGCAGCUUCAGAGGUUGAAGAGAUUAAAGGACGAAGAGAUCGAUGCUGUUACAAGCGCAACAUCUCAGACCAGAUCUCUCGCAGGGGUGAUUGAGCAGAUGGAGCAGUUCUCUUCCCGGCUCGGAGAGCUCUCUUGUCGAGUAGAGAGCACGCACGAGCACACCGCCCACGGCCUAGAGCAAGGGGCACGACACCGGGACGAGCAGCUUCGAAUAAUGCAGGAGCGUCUGGCCCAGCAGCAGAAAGCCAUGGCAGAGGAGAGAACGUACCUGAAGGAAAUCAUUUCAAGGAUGGACUCUCAGAUCAGCGAGCAGCAAAGGCAGCUGGAGAAGGAACGCUGGAAAGUAACGGCGGAGCAGGCAAAGGCUGAGUCCACCCAGAGGGGCCUGGAGGAAGAGCGACGUGUCUUCACUAUGCAGAUCAACAUGGAGCGGGAAGAGCUGGAGAGAGCGAAGAGCUCAUUGCUGGAGGAGCAGAAAUCUGUGAUGCAGCAUUGUGCAGAGGAGAGAAGAAAACUGGCAGCGGAAUGGGCUCACUUCCACACGCAGGAGAAACAGAGGCAUGACAAAGCCGAACGGGAGGUUAACAGCCUCUUGGAGAGGAGAGAAGGAUCCAUCAUCAGUCUGGCACAAGAACAAGCUGACUUGAAGCUUCGCAUGGCUGAAUUAAAGCAGAAGGAGAUGGCCGUGACACAAGAGAAAGAGACUCUUGCCAGACUAAAGGAAGAACUGGACAGAGAGAAGGAGAAAGCCAGUAGCAUGGCUCUAAGACUCAAAACAAGAGCCGAAGAGGUUGAGGCCUUCAGCAAGCUUGCAGCAGAGAAGUAUGAAGAGGGCGAGCGAGCAUUGCUAGAGGCGAAACGCGUGGAGUCGGAGCACAUGGCUCGACUAAGAAAUAUCCAGUCUCAAACUGAGAAUUUGAGGCAGCAGGAGCAACGGAUCCUAAAGGAGCGCAUGCAAGGAAAACAUCUGCAGGAAGAUACAGAAAGACUUAGGGAAUAUCCCACCAUCUCACCGUUGCCUCAUAUUAUUCCACCUAUUUUAACAGUUUCUUCUGUAGACUCUGUUCCAGUGUUUCCUUCUUUCCCUGAACUGACAACAUCCGUCAGGAAUAAUCCUUCAAAUCCUCUGGAGAACUAUCAGUCCAUGACGCUUGAGGCCAGUCUGGCCCUGUGGAAGUACACAGCGGAAAAGGAUCGUGAAUUCCUCCUUGAGGAGCAGAUUUUUCUAGAAAAUCUAAAGAAGAAAUCCUACAAGUUCAACACAGACAGUAAAACCUGCUGAUCCGUUUGCAUAUUUGGAUUUGUAUUAUAUCUGUACAGUUUCUAAACAAAGUUUUUCAAUACGUGUGGCUUUGCUCAUUCCAACAUUUUGCUCUCAAUUUUUAUUAAGCAUCACGCCUCCCGAUUCCUUCAAACCGCUCUUGUGUCAGCUUGUUUGCCAGCUCCAUCUGUAAGGUAAAGACAAAUAUGUAAAAUA